UUCUCUUUUUCGCAGUUUGAUAGUUUACGCCACGAUGACAAAAGCCAAGACGAACUCCAUUCACUAUUCCGCCUUCUUAAAUGUCCCCCAACGCAAAUACUUAACGUAUGUAAAGUGUGUGAUUUACGCAGCAAUGACAGUUGUUGUCAGUUCGGCGUUGGAUAUUUUGCCGAAGAGUAAUUAUCCAGGUAACCUGGAGCGAGGUUGGAACGACCCCCCUCAAUUCUCCUAUGGCCUCCAGAAGGCUGGCACACCUCAGAGGAACCUGUUGAACAAGAGAGCAGCUCCACCUGUCCCAGGUACUGGAGCUCCACCCUCCAUGUCUCCAUCCUCCAACCCUCUGGCCCCACCCCCAUGUGGUGUGGCAACACCCCCUCCACUUCCAGCUCGUCCUCCUCUUGGCUGCAUGGCCACGCCCCCUCCUUCAGGACCAAUGAGAAGCCAGAAACGGGCAGACAGCAGCCAAUCAGAGAGCGAGCCUGAUGUGGAGGUUGUGAUGUCGGUGUUGAAGCGAGCGUUGGUGUCCUGCAGACAGACUGUUAAAGAUCAGGUGUGCAAUGACAUGGGAAAGAGGCUCUACCUCCUGCAGGACAGCUGGAGGACAGGUAGACUGAGUCUACCAGUGAGGAGACGCAUGUACACCCUGACUCAAGAGCUGAAGCUGCGUCACUGGGAUGUGGCUGAUGAGAUCCAUCUCUCCCUGAUGAUCGAUCAUGUGACUGAGGUAGGUCAGUGGAUGGUCGGAGUUAAACGUCUCAUUGCCGAGACACGAAAUCUGAGUCCCGAACUCCUAGAACCACUUCUUAGCCCUGAAGGACCAGAACAGAAAUCUGCAGCACCAGUUCAGGACCCUGUAGGAUACGACCAGGACUCGGCAGAACCAGGUCAGGGCCCACCAGAAGCUGCCCAGGACCUUGAAGGAUCCAACCAAGACCCUAAAGGACUGGACCAGGAUUCGGCAGUCCAGAACCCAGUGUCUCAUUCUUGACUCACCAGCAGGUUUACUUCUUGUGAGUGUUUUUAUUCCAAUCUUGGACCUGGUUGUCAUAAAUCCUUUCAUCCACACAGAAAGUCCAAUAUCAAACACUGUAUCUGGACUCUGGACUCUGGACUCUAAUCCCUGAACUCUGAGCUUCAGACCCUGGUCUUAAUGGCUGCAGUGGACUGACCUCUGGACCCCCCGCGACUCUGACGUCAGUGUUUCCCACAAAAUUAUGAGAGACACUACAGUGCUCUAUUGUUACUGAUUUACUGAUUGACGCAUGGACAAAAUUACAAUAAAACAUUUGUGAGAAAAGACAGAGACUAACAUAAAUAAAGAACUAUGAUGAAAACGA